AUGCCCAAUGAGUUCCAUGCCCUGGCACAUCUCCAUGACUCCCUGAUCCAGGAGCUGGCUGCCAACAGGGCAGAUUGGGGAGGUGAUGAUGACAAUGCUCUCUACCUCCUGUUCUCCAAGGAGGACAGGAGGAAGGCCAGUGGUACCACAGUCCACCUCAGCUUCAAGCUCUGA